UGACAGAUGAAGCAAACGGAAUAUUAUUCCAGUUGGCAUAAGAAAUACUAACAGUCUAGUUUGUGCUGGAAUCAAGAAACGGCCAUUUUGGGGUAUAGAACUACCGAGUUUACCAAGAAAUUUCACUGUUGUAAACUGCAUAUUUUGGCUGUUAUUCUUAUCUUUAACACAUUAACUAUCUAGAUUAGGCUACCGAGCCCCAGCUGUUGCUCCAACAUGGCGGAUAGUUCUUACUCACUCCGUGAAGAGGCGGACCGUAUCUUCCGCGAUGUCCUACUCAAGGACACCCGCCUCCAGUUGCCCUCCAAAGUCCACUCUGCCGCCUCCAACACAUCUUUUCUGCAGUCAACCAUAGACACGCCCUAUGUUCCCGUCCCUCUCAAGUUCACAGAGACCAGCUCUGCCCUCUGGGCUUUGGUAGCAACCAUCGGCUCCGCCAUUGCCAAGGACCGCUACAAUGUCGAACAAAAAGCCACCGUCAACUCUGACAUCGCCUCGCUGUUCCUUUUCUCCGCGGCCUGCGCCCGAGUAAACGGAAAACCAAUUAGCGACCCGGCCGUGGCGGCCCGCUACGCCAAGUACGACCUGGGCCGCAUGCAAGACCCCUGGCGUCGCUUUUGCACAAACAUCUACCCGACUCGGGACGGUCGAUGGUUCCAUCUCCACGGCAGCAUGGAUUCCGAUCGAUCCUUGACCAUGGUAAACCUCCCCAAGGAGAACCCGGGACUGGCUUCUACCGAGGAUAUUAUUGAAAAGUAUUGCAACACUGUCCAGCAGUUCGAUUCGGACUGGCUCGACGCCGAGGCCAACGGACAUUACCGCCAGGCCGGUACCGUGUGCUUGACCCGGGAGGAGUUCCUGGCCACGGAGCAUGGGAAAGCAACCGUCGACCACCCCAUUUACUUCCUGGAGAAGCGGGACGCCGACGCCAUCCCGCCCGUGCCUUACCCACCCGUCACGGGCAAGCAGCGGCCGUUGGAGGGCCUCAAGAUGCUUGACCUUUCGCGCGCUAUCGCGGCCCCGACUAUUGCGAAGCUGGCGGCGCUUUUUGGCGCUACAGUCAUCCGUGUAUCUAAUGACCAGUUGCCCGACAUGGGCCCGCUUUUGGUGGAUGGUAACCUGGGCAAGCGAGACGUGACCCUGAACCUCAAGACGGAUGAGGGUCGGGCUGCCCUGAAGAGAUUGAUCGAGGAUGCCGAUAUAGUGUUGGAUGGCUACCGGCCCGGCACGCUGGAUCGGCUUGGAUUCGGAGCCGAAUACGUUCAUGCGCUGGGACGCCGGCGUGGAAGGGGUAUCGUCUUCGUACGUGAGAACUGCUAUGGUUGGGAGGGCCCGUGGGUGGCGAGGUCCGGGUGGCAGCAGAUCUCGGAUUGCGUCACGGGGGUCAGUUGGAUGAUGGGGCGGUUCUUGGGACUUGACGAGCCCGUCAUCCCGUUGUUACCAAACUCGGACUACCAGACCGGCCUAAUGGGAUUCGCAGGCUUGCUGACGACCGUCGACAAGCGCGCGACCGAAGGCGGCAACUACCUCGUGAGCGUGUCCCUGAACCAGUACAACAACUUCCUUCUUUCACUGGGCGAACACACACCCGAGGUGAAGAAGCAGCUUCUGGACCUGCAUCCGGGCUUCAAGCCGCGCCACUACGACGACAUGGUAAACCUGUUCGGCCUCGCCCUCUCGACCCUGCAGGCCAAUCUGCCGCGGCUUUUCCAGCCUUCGUAUUUUGGCAACAUCCCUAGCAAGUUCGGCGGCGAUCGGGACGAGACGCUGACGUACCUGCUGGGAGCGGCGAGCUACGACGUCUCGAAGCUGGAAUAUGAUGUCGGCAGCUGCUUCCUUGGGGCGUAUAAGCCACAGUGGCCAGAGGGGGAGGGCAAGAAGGAGGCGGCGGGUCUUGCGUCUCGGAUUUGAGUGAAUAAGUCAUGUAAACAGUCUGACAUUCAGAUUGCUUGAACAUGUUGGUAGAGAAUCGUAAAAGAUCAACGCA